AUGCUACAGUUCUCUCUGUCUUCAGGAUGUCCAGCCCUGGGUCCAGAACAGCCCUGGGUCCAGAACAGCCUUGGGUCCAGAACAGCCCUGGGUCCAGAACAGCUCUGGGUCCAGAACAGCCCUGUGUCCAGAACAGCCCUGUGUCCAGAACAGCUCUGGGUCCAGAACAGCCCUGGGUCCAGAACAGCCUUGGGUCCAGAACAGCCCUGGGUCCAGAACAGCUCUGGGUCCAGAACAGCCCUGUGUCCAGAACAGCCCUGUGUCCAGAACAGCUCUGGGUCCAGAACAGCUCUGGGUCCAGAACAGCCCUGGGUCCAGAACAGCCUUGGGUCCAGAACAGCCCUGGGUCCAGAACAGCCUUGGGUCCAGAACAGCCCUGGGUCCAGAACAGCCUUGGGUCCAGAACAGCCCUGGGUCCAGAACAGCCCUGGUCAGCAGCUGCUCUGUUGUUUUAAGUCGCUCCAACAGCACAGUUCUUACUCAGACACUUCACUUCUCUCAUCGUGCAAGUAA